GCUCACAGAUCCACUUCUCCUGGAUUUCUACAGACUGUACACUAGGAGGUCAGGCCAGAUAAAGUCUGUAGAGACUGCGGAGCCUCUCACUGACAUUUGUGUUCACACGUGCACCUCCUCUGGACGAACAGUGGAGUCCAGUGCAGGUCUGAGAGCAGCUACUGUGUGACCGCUAGCUGUACCGCGGACCUGAGGUUGAAAACCACCGAUCAGACUUCAACUUCCAACCUCUGGAUCGUUUUCACGAGUGUCUCUGAACACACACACAAACACACACACACACACACACACACACACACACACACACACACACUGAAGUUAAAUAAAGCUGGGACAGUGGUGUAAACAGUCUGGGGAGCAUCGGGUUAAACUUCUACUCGGCCUGAGCUCGAGGAGGAGGAGGCGGAAGAGUCCACGAGGUAAACGUCUCCCAAACAGCAGCGAUACAAACAACCAGCGAGUUUCCACCCGGAAACAGAUGCGCAUUGGAGCAGAGACUGCAGCCACCAACACCUGAGCUGAGAGGAUCCAGUGGUUGGUGCCACCAGGAUGGGGAACAGCAGCAGUGACAGGUCCAGUGGAGGUCAGGGUGAAAGGUCAUACAGAGAUGGAGCGCAGGGAGGGAAGGAGGCACGUCCUAACAUCCUGAUGGACAGCACCGAGGACGCAGAUCUGUUCCAGAGGGAAGACUCAAAGGCUCCACAGGAAAUACAGGAGUUCCUGGCCUGGCAGCAGGACCUGGAGAGUGACAGCAAAAGUCCAACGCAGGACAGACCCACUGUGUUCAGGUGGGCGGGGGUCGCCAAGGAAGUCUUUGUGUCUGGCUCUUUUAACAACUGGGCCACCAAAAUCCCACUCAACAGAAGCCAGAAGAACUUUGUGGCUAUCGUUGACCUUCCGGAGGGAGAGCACCAGUACAAGUUCUGUGUGGAUGGUCAGUGGACUCUGGAUCCGACUGGGGCUGUGAUGACGUCUAAAACUGGAACAGUCAAUAACGUUAUCCAGGUGAAGAGAACCGACUUUGAAGUUUUUGAUGCCCUCAGGAUUGACUCAGAGGAUUCUGUUGACAUUUCAGACUUGUCCAGUUCCCCGCCCGGCCCCUACCAACAGGACGCAUAUGUGAUCAAAUCAGAGGACAAGAUCAAACACCCUCCUAUCUUACCUCCCCACCUGCUGCAAGUGCUGCUCAACAAGGACACAGGCAUCUCUUGUGACCCGACGCUACUUCCAGAGCCCAACCAUGUGAUGCUCAAUCACCUGUACGCCCUCUCCAUCAAGGACGGGGUGAUGGUUCUCAGUGCAACACACCGAUACAAAAAGAAGUAUGUGACCACUCUUCUGUACAAGCCAAUAUAACCCACAGAGCCAUGAUCCAGCCUCGUGUGUUAGAACAAUCAUUUGUCUACUUUUGUACACAGCUGUUACUGUGACUGUUGUCUUCUUUGUGAACCUAAAUAUCUUCCUGAUAUCAUCUUAGACAUCCUGUAAUAUUUUGAAAAUGUGCUUAUUGUAAUAACUGUAGCCCAAUGCUUCCAUCGUUAUGAUGAGUCUGUGUCAAACAGAAGAAGAAGGAAAAACAAAGGGUCAAAUGAAGUUUUCAUUGUAACCUCAGAUUUGUCAAUAGAUUGAUGUGGAUGUUGAAACUGGCUUUAGCUUCAAAAGCUAAACUAUGACCUCUGCUACAUAACAUCUUCAUAUGUGAACAAACAUGUGAGGAGACAAAGAGGAUGAAAUUCAACAGGAUGGCAUAUUCUUUUUAUUUUAAACUGACUCCUUUGCACAAGAUCAGAUGUGUUUUACAUCAGGGUUUUAUUUUAAAAUGAGUGAGAAAUUAAAAUAAAUUCAAAAGAA